AUGUUUAAGAACAACUUCUACUCUUAUGUGGGUGGUACUAGAUCAGAUAUAGCCAUGAGCAUAGAGUCUUAUUUCGAAGUUAUGGAAGUCUUAUUGGAUUAAUAUCUGAGUAGAGAAAUGCUGUUCAAUUUCAAGAAUUGCAGUCAAGUGCUUAAUGAUAUUGUGGUUUCAGCACCAUUAGCCUUUUUGCCUUUCUCGCUUCUUGGAACAUAAUGGCUGUUUGCAGGCUCUAAUAGGAAGGGAGCUAAUAAAGCUUAUGGACCCAUACUUGCAUCUGUACAUAUGUUAGUAUUAUGGAGAGCUUACACUGCUCCUAUUCCAAAUAAAUUAUUCACUAAAAUAGUUGCGGAUCCAACGGUCGAUGGACAAUAUAUUAGAACCUAAUUAUCUGUCAUGAAACCAGGGUUGUGGUAAGUGUUGAGUAGGGAAUUGUAUCACAAGGGGUACAGAUUUCCAGAGAUGUUGGAGUUCAAGAUAGCUACAGAAUUCCCUACUGGAUUUGUCAAACCUUAUUGAUGGUACAUCAUAAUAAUAUAAAUAUAUCCAAUAUUUAAUACAAUUUUUUAUUUA